UUUAAUAUUAUUUGCUUUUCUGUUCUUUAGUAGUUAGCUAGCCCAGCUAGCUAGCAAACUAACUUGGGGUUAUUUAUAGCUAGAUAGGCUAAAUAAUUUACUUUAGUCUAUAGACGACUUUCAUCUUGACGCCUGUUGUUUAAAAUCCCCAGACCUAUUACGCAAAUUGACAGGCCGAACAUGCAGGUAGCAAGUUGUGAACCAGUCUAUUCUUAACUUUAUUUUUCAGUUGGAGGCUAUAGCUUGCUUAGAAAUCUCGUCAAAACGUAAAUAUUAAAAGUCAUCUAUAGGCAAGUAGAUUAAUUUUAGCUACGUCAAAAAAUUGACAGGUAAUAAAAUAAAGACUGGAAGUCAAGAAAGUCAAAUAUAUAUAUAGCUAUAGCUUUGUUUGUGCCAAAAGUUCAAAAGUUUGUUAAUGUAGAGUUCUAGAAGGCUUCAUUUUAUUAAAUAUACCUUAAAUAUAUAGUUAAAAAGGCAUGCAGGUUGUCUGUUUUUUUUAACGAAAUUAUAGGAAUAAUUAGCACAAGUUCAGAAAUAAUUCAGUUACAUACAGGACGAAUAAUGGCCAAAAAGUGUGAAUUUUAUUCACAAAGUUGCUAGAUCGUGCAGGUGUUUUCGGUAAGUUGGCAUCCUCAUAAACUAUAAUUUAAUUUUAAGGUCAAAAGAUCCCCACUUCGAAAUAAAGUUUGGAAUUUGCUGGUCAACAGCGUACUGAAUUAUCUUGCUUGUUCAUUUGUGUAAGAGGUCUGAGGAAUAUAAACAACAGGUGUCAUAAAACUUUUCGCAAGGUUAGGUGCAAAUGUUAAAUUCCACAUAUGCAUGUUUAUCCUGACAACCAAGAAGUGAAGGACCACCACAUUUUUAUUGUAACAAUAGCUGCCCCGCUUAAUUCCCUCUUGAAAAGUGUAUACGUAAUUGUAGCAUUAUUAAAAACAUUUUGUGAUAAAGGUUGAUUUAAAAGCUACGAACAAAUACUUCAUUUGCUGUUAAGGUCCACCAUUCGCUGUUGAUGGUUUUUACAGAACGGUUAUUGAUCAUCAAGCAUCAAGCCCUUGCGCGCAGAUCAUCGUGAAUCUGAUUUUUUUUAUUAUCAUCUUUUCAAAAGUUUAUUUAAUGAACGACGUCUCGUCUUGAUGAUAUGUUUACUAUAUCUCUCCAGGACCCCGUAUUCAAGGGGAUUUCCGUAAGGUAUAGUUCCCCCACAUGGAUUCGGUACUUUCCCUUUAUUCUCAAAGCACAAAAUAUCAAUGGUGCAUUUCUUGAGGCGAGUUGCACCCAGCCAGUCACUCACAUAAAAGAAAAUAAAGUGGUUCAUAUCAUAAUAAUAAUAGAGAAAGAAACUUUAAAAAUUGGAUUCCCGUAUUGAAUUUUGAAUUUGUGAGAGGUAAGAAUCACGAGAAUCCAACUAGAUUCUGUGGAUUCACGAAGUCGUACAGCCUUCGAAUUUCGCUUCGGCACUCGGCAAUUGCCAAAGUAAUUGCCGAAGUAUUAGCAGUUAUGAGGCUUUCACUUCGGCAAUAAUAUUGCCGAAGAAAAACUCGAUCGUCGACUGUUGUAGCAGUCUUUUUCAGGAAUAUUUGAGUAGGUGUGCGACGAUUUCCUUUUCUACAUGUCCGAAAUAGUAUGCAUGACUAUACUGUCAUUUUUAUAUUUAUUGUUCACUUUUCGGGUCAUCACAAGCAAAUAGGCAAAAAUAUGCUUUGUUUUCAAGCUAAAAAAAAUCUUUAUCCAUGUGGCUUAAAACUUCAAAAAAAUUUACACCGCAUGUGCCACGGCGUGCGCGUGCGAUCGCACGGCUCUCCUGAAAAAGACUGUUGUAGUUUCCUUUUAUGAAUAUUCAUAUUAUCCAAACUCCUAGAUUUCAUCAAACAGAUAUCGCCACAAUGACACAAAUAACUUUCCACUGCCCACUUCAAAAACAAAGAAAAAUAAAAAAAACAUAUAGUCUCGAUGCCCCCAGCUAUUGAAUUCUCUUUUAAGGGAGAAUGUUGAAAACCCUUAAACGACGUGAAGGUAGACAACACGAUCCCUUUAACCAAUGCACUGCACUGUGUUGACUAACUUAAUUUAUUCAGUUCGGCCUGCGGUUCAAAAUGGCGGAGUGACCAAGUAAGGUUGUAUUAUCGUUCCCAAGAAAAACAAAAGCAUCAGGAUUAACUCAGUUGAAUUUGUUGAUGUUUUAUACUCAUCAAGGCUUGGCACCACAUUUACAUUUUUUCAUUUUAAAAAGUGCCGAAGAAGGUGCCGAAGUCUGCUGAGGCAAUUGCCGAAGGUUUUCAGUGCUUUUAACCAUUGUCUUCGGCAUUUUUUCUGCUGAAAGACUGCCGAAGUGAUGUUGAAAAAUUGCGAAGUUACUUAGGCAAUUAUUUGCCGAAGCAAAUAUAUCUGAAAUUCGAAGACUGUGGUAGUUGCAAGAAUCCAUAGCUAAGGUUGGAUUUGACAGCCUGGUAUUCCAUUGUUUAUAAUUCACUGGCCAGUAAUAUUGAAAAUUAUUAUUCAUUGUAAAUGACCACAAAAACUAAGUGGUGACAGGCAUAUAUAAUCUCGAAGUAAAAAAUGUUUAUUGAGACCUAUUUUAUUUGUACCAUUGAAUUUUAACAAAGGAGCAAUAAAGCUGCAACCCUUUUAAUUCACGGCGGCACGCGGCAAAUGCCGACGUGAUUGCCGUCGUGAUUUGAGAAAAACUAAUAUCACGUCGGCAAAAAAAUGCCGUCGCUAGAAUUUUUAUAUUUUCAAAAAAAAAAAAAAUUGUUGCCUAAAGAAAUAAAGAUUUUUCACUUAUUUCGAAAAAAAAUACAGUAAAAAACUUUUUUCUUUUCUUUCCUUUAAAUCCUUUCUUUUCAUUGCUUUCGGGAACUCAAGUUUUGUUUACAUUUUGUUAUUUCUUCUACGAACCCACCAUGUGUAUGUUUUUUCAUUCAUUCAUUUUUUCCUCCACGUGUUCUUUUCUAUUUUUAAUUCAUUCGAAUUGCGUCAUAAAAAAAAAAAGAAAAUUUUUAUUCCCGUAGGGACAUCUUCUCUUUUUGUUAAGUCGAUUCAAACGUGCCACUUUAUUAACAACAAACAUUUUACCAGUGAAGACUUCAAAAAUGGUUAAUUUGUCUGUAGUGAAAAAGUGGAAUUUAAAAGAAUUUGAGUAUUUUUGUGAUGAUCCAAGUGAUCCUUCGAAAGUUACAAAAAUAAAAUGUUUAGUGUGUAGCGAAUUUUAUGGAGAAAAUUCAAAAGAAUUAGAAAGGUUACAAGGCCAAGUUAAAAUGCAGGUCAAAAAAUGGGUCGAUGGAAGUUCAACAGUGAAAAAAAAUAAUGCCGUCGAUCAUUUGAAAUCAAAUACCCAUAACAAAGCAGUGCAACGACUCAAAGAAAAGCAAACCCCUACUACAGGCCAAGAGAUCGCUCAGUCUUCAAGUAAGGAAAAAACUAUCGUCGAACAUGGUAGAGACUUACUGAAAGGACAGAAAUCACAAUUGGUAAAAAAGUUUCAGUUGGCUCAUUUUCUUAUUGCUAACAAUAAAUCGUUUCAAUUCUAUACAGACCUGGUGCAUUUUCAGAAAGAAGUUUAUAAUGUGGAUGUGGGAUCUGGAUACCUUCAUAGUUUGUCUGCAAAGGAAAUGGUAUUAUAUUUAUCAAAAUCGAUAGUGGAAGAAAAUAUAACUAUUCCUUUGAAUGACGGAACAAGGAUUUAUUUUAGUGUCUUGGUUGAUGGUUCAUCCAACGCUAAAACCAUGGACGAAAAAGAAGUUUACGUCAUAAAAACAUGCGAUGAUGGUAAGCCUCGCUAUGAUGUGUUAUCAAUGGAGCAACCAGAGGAUGCAAGUGCCGCAGGGUUGAAAGAUUCUUUAGACAAUGCUAUUGGAAAAGGAAACUUUACUUUCAAUCGCCGUGAACGUGAGAUCGGACUUGGUUCUGAUGGAACGAAUACAAACAAAGCUCUGUAUCGGUUAGAGAAAGAGGAAGUUGGAGAUCAUCUAUGUUUAGUUCUUUGCCUUAGUCAUAAGUUAGAGUUGGCUGUUCAUGACGCAUUUGACAAAUCGUCGUUGAAUGAAGAUGCUGAAGCACAACUUGUGUCAACGUAUUACUUGUUCAAAAGGGCAAACCUGAAAUGGCGCUUAUUUAAAAGGCACGCAAUUAUGGUUGGUGAAUCAUAUCGUCGUUACAAACGCCCAGGUGGUACUCGUUGGGUAGCACACCAAUCUGAUGCUUUAGAUUCAUUUCUAUGUAAUUUAGCUUCUUUACUUGGCUUUUUAAACAAUGAAAUUUCAGAUCCUUACAAUGCCACUAUGAAAAAAGAAGGUCCCAGAUUGGAAGGGGUGUUGAAUGAUUGUACCGAUUUGAUAAUUCUCGUUUUUCAAGCUGUCAAAAUUGAUAUCAUACGCUUGAUAAAACCGACGUCCCUGAUCAUGGAAAAAUUAUCUUUAAUUCUACCAGAAGCAAUCGCAACUAUCAACGUAACCUUGAAAAAAAUAAGGAAAUUAAAAUCUAAGAUUGAAGAAGAUGGGAUCGAUGCCUUGAAAAAUGAAUCACUUUUUCCAACGCUAAACAUGGUUUUUCUUCCUAAAAUUGAAUUUGAUGAGGAUGGGAGAAGUUUGGGACGAUCGACUAGAGCUGCUCCUGCAAGUAUUGGUGUUACAACCUACAAUGGCUAUACACUUAGCAAUGGCAAUCUUGAAAACGCAUUACACAGAAACGAAAGGGAAAUUCUGAAAGUUUUGGAUACUCUGGAAACAUCUCUUUGUGAGCGAUUAGCUUUUCUUUCAGAAGACCCAAUGCUUUUGAGUGCAGCCAUUCUUCUUGAUUCGCAAUCAUAUCAAAACAAAGAAGAAGAAGAAAUAAAACAAGCAUGCGAUCAACUCGCGGUUCAUUUCAAGUCACCGUUAGAAGCCAAUGGUUUUGUGAAACAACGUAUUCCUGCUGAACUCACGACUAUGUAUGAAUAUAUCAUUACUUUCAUGUCAAGAACAUCAAGCGAAAAAUGCUGGCAACAAAUGUUCACGCUGAGAGAAAAACUUCAACUUCAAAAUAUACUUCAACUGGUGGAGAUAUGCUUGGUAAUUCCAAUUUCAAACGCUGAGGUAGAGAGGGUGUUCUCGGGAUUUACAAAGAUGAUGACACGUGAUAGAUUGUCCUUGAAAAACGAAAGUCAAGAAGCUAUUCUGCGUGUUCGUGGUGAUCGAAACUUCAAACCAUCGAGAUACGAUAAAGCGGUUACUAUGUUUUUAAACCAAUAUCCAAAUGGUGAAGUCAGGAAAAGAGCUCGAAGACUCGUUGGUCACAAAUUCCAUCGAAGAAGAAGAGCAAAAAAAGUCCUUCCUGUAAUUGUUCCACUCAGUGAUGACGAUGGGGAGAGCGACGAUGAUGAUUGCAACCAAAAUCCACAACAAGAGCUUGUUAACCUUUCUGACAUAUCCAGUGAUGAAUCACAAUGGUCCGAGUCUGAUUCCGAUGACGAAUAAUGCAAGAGUUUGCUAAAAAACAUUGUUUUUUUAUAUUACGUGUAGCAAUAAGUAUCACCACAGGCUGAAAAAAAAAGCAUUUUAAUAAACACUAUCUUUUCAGAUAUGACGGGUCCCUCAACGGAUGCUUAAUCGCCUUUCAAGGCUUUUUUUACAUAAUGCAGACAUACAUAUCCACGAUGUGUUACGACUGUUCCGCCUGUAAGUGCAUCAUGCAAACUUGAUUCAUCCGUGCUUCGUCGGCGUUCACCUCCGUACGAGUUAGGAACCGCAUGGCCUGUAUAUCUUCCGUGAGACCGAGGCUACCAACCACGAAGGGGCCGGGCUGUUGAUAUCUGUGUCUACGUAGUUCCUAAUUAGGCCAGGAGUCGGUGAAUUAGCUAGGAUGAACUUGUUGGCUUUGUACAGUCACACACGUGGUUCGUGUGCCAAAAAGAGAGGUCGUGCGAAGCGAAGAUUUUCAGUUCUAAGAAUAGGUACAGGGGCUUCGAUAUGUCCAACAUGUGGGUGGGGAAAUGGUAGCGUAGCUCGUAGUGGUCGAUUGUGGGUUGUUUUCGAAACGAUGAUUUAGAAGAUAGAAGACUGCAACUAAUGAAAAUUUUUCUCUAUUAUUCGUAAAUUUCAUAAAACGUUUUAAGUAUGAUAAAAAAAAUAUAUAUACAACUUUAAACAACACCGAAAACGAAAGGAAAAACCCCUUUUCUUAAAAAAAAGUUUUGCCGACGUGAAAGCCGUCGUAAAAAAUUCCUAAUUAAAAGGGUUGAAGCUGUCUAUAGCAGCCACUUAAAAGAACCAUAAAUUUAACAUUUACGUAACAAUAACUUAAUAUUAAUUUAUAUCAGAACUUAAAGAAUCAUAAAUUUUUCCAUUAAUGACAGGGUGGCCAUUGUAAAUUUGGAUGUUAGAGUAGGUUAAAAUCACGUUUGUUAAUCAUUUUUAAGUUGUAAGGAAUUAAAUGACUGGUUUCUUCUUACCAGCACCCUUAGGGCCUUUUUAUAUGAGAAACGGGCAACUUGCCCAUCGAGUUUUCCGACAGAGCUGGGUAAUAUCAACUCGGGUUUAUAUGUAAAGUCAUUCUCCAUCCCGGGUUUGUAUGAAGAAAAACCAGAAGGAAAUUGACUAUGUCAACAAAUAUGACUUCCAUCAACAAAAAAAGAAGACAGCAAUACUGUUAAUGCUUAAAACAACUGUGUUAUCACUAUUAAUGCAAAUCAAUGGAUUAAUUUGCUCCUCUCAAGCUCAUUUGCAAUUACUCAAUCACUUUAGAUAACUUAAGAUAACUAACUCUACAUAAAUAUCGUUAUUGCUUCAAUUUGUCAGCAUUAAAGUCGUUGGCAUUAUAUUCACAGAUCAAUUUACAUUCUAUGUUAAAGAUAAUAGAUAACCUACGGAGAAAAUAUAACCCUGGGAACAAGGUUGGGGAUAAAUAGCACUACAAACAAAAUGGCAGACCAUUGCAAUAAGUGCAACGUGUAGCACGUGUCAGUGUCUCUUCGUCCACUGUUUAAAUUUAAUUAUAUGGUAUUUACCUAUUAUAAAGUACUUCCUACAACGAACCAAGGUGUUUUGUUAAUAUAUUUAGCACUUUUACACCACUUAAAGAACACUCAUGGGAUUGAUGAGAGUGAAAUAAACCAGAAAAAAAUCGGAAAAACGCACGUGCAAAUUUUCUAAAAUAGAUUUACGCAUGCGAUGUGUAGCACCCGUGUUGUCUUCUUCGUGGAAUUCUCUGAUUUUAGUUAACACUAAAUUCGCAUUUUUUGGAUUUUAUCAUAACAUAAUAGCAUUAAAAUUUAAAUUUAAAAAGCUUGUGAGACAUUGUUUCUCAAAUUUUAAUCUUUUUUUUAUAUUUGUUUUCUAUACGGUCGCCUCUAUUUUCCCC